AAAGCAUCAAGUCAGAAAGUUAAUCUUUAACUCGAUCGUUUGUUUCUGUCGAUGGAAACCAAGGAGGAAACUCGGACCUGCGGCCAGUGCCACAAAGAAGUAUCAGAGGUCAACUUCGCUCUGCAUGAGACGCACUGCAAGCGCUUCUUGUGUCUCUGUCCCGACUGCGGAGAAUCAGUUAACAGAGAAGAACUGAACCAACACAGGGAGACGGAGCACACACAGGUGAGAUGCUCCAAAUGCAACCAGAAGAUGGAACGUCGUCACCUGAAGGAUCAUGAG